AUGCCCAAGUCCCUUCAAAAGGUCCACAAGCAUAUCGCUAAGAAGCGAGGAGCCGUCGAAGCUCUCCACGAGAACAGCCGUGACGCCAAGCGCCUGCGCAAAGCCAAUGCUCGAGAUGAUCGAGUCGCCCGAGUUGCAGCCAUCGACCGCAUGGAGUAUUUCCAAGAAGUGGUCCCCGAGGGAACUGAACCGCUCUCCGAUACGGACCUGAGGGACCUCGUCGUCCGUUAUAUCAACCGCAGUGUACCCGAAAUCGAACAAUUACAGAGUGAACGACGGAAAGGCCGACCACCCAGCAAACGGGAGGAAGCUUUGGUGCAGCGGACAGAUGCGGAAGAUCGGGAGUUCAAGACGGGAUUCUGGAUGCCCGACUUCUCUUCGCCGGACGUGAUCAAGGCGUUGGCUGCGUGGAAAGGCGACUGGUCCGGACUCAGUGCGCUGAAGUAUAUCCGACUGACCAAGGAAGGUGGAAAACAGCCUUCAUUGUUCCCUCCGAAGGGACUGUCAUGA